GCUAUUCAGGUUUAAAAGGCUUGAGUUUCCUCAUGGUUACAACAGAGAUUUAGAUUUUCCACUGUGUAUUUCUCUGUGGAAAAUGACCAUCAAAAAUUUCUCAAUUGAAUAUGAUGCCAUCAACAGCCUGAACACCUUCACAAAUGGAGAUACCAUUAAUGGAAGAAUCAUUGUGGAGGUUUCUAAGGAGAGUAGAAUCCAUUCGCUUAUUUUCAUUGGACAAGGAAAAGCCCGGGUUUGCUGGAGUGAACAUUACGGGCAAUAUGCACAUUGUGUGUACUGGGCUGACGAGAAAUAUUAUAAUGUCAAACAUCAUAUCUUGAGAGAUGCAAAUGAAGAUGGCACCGUCAUUGGUAAAGGAAGACAUGUAUUUCCUUUUUCCUUCAAGAUUCCUGACAGAACAAUGCCAUCAUCAUUCAAAACCUCCGUAGGCAAAAUUGUUCACAAGUUGAAGGCAGAGCUGAAACAAUCAAUGAAGCGGACAAAAAAGGCCAAAAUCCACUUCACAUUCAUAUCCAAAGCAGACAUGGAUAUUCCUGGACUUAUGGAACCUCAGUAUGGUUGCAAGGAUAAAUCUGUCAAUUUCCUUGGCUCUGGAAACGUUUCAGUGAAUGUUCACACCAAGCAGAUGGGAUACAAGCAAGGUGAGGCUUUCCAAGUCACAGCUAAAAUCAACAACCGCUCAUCUCGUUCAGUGAAGCCCAAAUUCAUACUGUAUGAGAAGAAGAGUUACUUUGCUCAGGGUCAUAGGAAACUCUGCAUCAAUGAGAUCCUUAAGGAGAAGUUUGAGGCUGUCGAAUCCUCUGGCAAAGAGACUGUGACCAAGGUGAUCAACAUCCCCAGGGAACUACCUCCCUCCAUCUUGAACUGCUCCAUCAUCAAGCUGGAAUACAGGCUGAAGGUCCAUCUGAAUAUCAAAUGUGCUUCAGACCCAGAGAUCAAACUCCCUAUUGUCAUCCUUCCUGCCUCUGAGGUACCUGCUUCUGAUAGCUUUGGAUUUAGAAGCCCAAAUGAAGCAGCCUGGAACACAACACCUCAGCAACAAGCAACACUUCAACAACAAGCAGCACCCCAACCUGAGGAUGCCCCACCCGCCUAUGCAGCAUAUGCAAUGUAUCCCACAUUUUCUGUUUCUGACAAACAUCUCAGUGCGCUAUAAAUAUGCCACAGAUUUAGCAUUGCACUCCUGAAACACUGUCAGACUCACAAUGGAUGGUUAAAAAAGUCUAUUUUUUUAAAUCGUUAAAGUAGAACCGGAGAUAUUCCAUGCAGUCUUCUUCCUUCCUUUGGGCUUUUUAUGCCUUUAUUUGAUAGGGCAGCUGAAGAUAGACAGGAAAGGGGCUAUAGAGAGAUUGGGGACCACACGCAGCAAAGGGCAGCAGGUCAGAACCAAACCCAGGCCACUUUGGCAAGGACUCAGCCCACAUAGGAUGCAUGCUCCAUCAGGCGAGCCACUGUACGUCCCUUCUUCUUCCUUGUCAUAAACCUGAGGGCUGUCUUUGACAUAGAUUCUCUUUUACUCUCCUCUCAUUUUACUUGUGUGAUUUUCUUUUGUAUAUAUUGUAAGAGCAUUGUUGGGGGGAGCCUGAGAGCAAGAAUUUCUGUGCCAACAACUGUUUCACUGUGAUUGUGUGCAUAUGACUUAUAAAAAACUUAAAGGACCAAUGUGUAGGAUUUAUUGACAUCUGGCAGUAAAAUUGCAGAUUGCAACAUUUGCUAAAUACCACUCGCCUUCCAAGCAUGUAGGAGAAAUCACGAACUGUGAACUGUGAACUCAUGAAAAACAUAAAAGGCCCUAUCUAGAGGCAGUAUUAUGUCUGUUUUGGGCUACUGUAUGGUGGACUCCAUAGAAGAAGACCUGCACCCACUGCACAUAAAAGUGCCUCCUUAUAAAGUAAAAAAAGACAAUUCUUAUUUUCAGCUGAUUUUACACUAUUGAAAACAUACCAGGUUCUACAAAUAGAUCCUCCUAAAUGUUACUCACUGGACCUUUAAACUUACAUGAUGCAACGUGACUGGUUGAGUUAUGUUACUAUUGGCUAAUGUAGCCUUGAGCCACUAACCUCAAGCACAGAUGAGGAGCGGGUUACAGAGGUCUCGUAUCCUCACAUAUUUCUUAGAAAUUCUAUUUCUAAGAAUCCUCAGAUUCUUUUUCAUUUUCAAACUACUUACCAAUUCCAAACUUUGAUCCCUCACCUUCCACUUACUGUCUUAAAACUGAAGAUUAAGGCAUUGCAUCACAGCUGCAUCCUGGCAGCGAGAAAAACACACUUAACUACUCACUACAACUAUUGUACUUAUUAAUGUCCAUGAAAAAUAGUACAUAACUAUCUAAAGUAGUUGUGGUUAUUGUAAAUAAUAACUGGAUACAAUUCUUAUAAAGACCCAAAGUGUUUAAUAUUAAAUGAUAAUGAAAGAAAUAAGUCUUCACAGAAAUAAAUGGUACAUAAUAUAUAAAUGAACCUGAAAUUGUGAAAUAAUAUGACAUAUUUCAAAAUGUUCUUUUAUCAUUGUUAUUUGUGUAUUUUUUUUUUAAUCAUAAAGGUUUUUAUUUCAUUGUGAAUCUUCUCCAAUGAUGAAUUGCUUUAACUAGGACCAUCAAGUUGCAAUUUAAGCAAGAUGUUUUUCAUUUUUUAGUAAACUGUGGUGACUCAUCA